GUUCCUGACCUCCUUCUCCGACAAAGAAAGUCAAACCUCCGAACCACCCAAUUUCUCCUUCGUGGCCUCUACAACCAAUUCUACCUCACGCAAUCCCCAAAAAACAACAAGACUUCCAAAAUGACAAACGAUACACUCGCAACCACCUCAGUCCCCGCGGCCACCAAGCCCGUCCUUACCGCGCAGAACGGCGUCGAAACCCCCCUCUUCUCUACGAACCUCAUCUCCCCCGAAGUCCUCGCCGUCCUCCCCCCCGGCUACACAAUCCGUCCCCUCCACCGCUCCGACUUCCAACGAGGCUACCUCGACGUCCUGCGCGUGCUGACGACCGUGGGCGACGUGGACGAAGACAAGUGGAACCAGCGGUACGACUGGAUCUCCUCGCGCAACGACGAGUACUACCUGCUGGUUGUGUGUGACGAUGCGGAGCGGAUUGUGGGCACGGGCAGUUUGAUCGUGGAGCGCAAGUUUAUUCACUCGUUGGGGCUUGUUGGUCAUAUUGAGGAUAUUGCGGUGGAGAAGGGGCAGCAGGGGAAGAAGUUGGGGUUGAGGAUUAUUCAGGCGUUGGAUUUUGUGGCGGCGAGGGUUGGGUGCUAUAAGAGCAUUCUCGACUGCUCAGAGGCUAAUGAGGGUUUCUACGUCAAGUGCGGUUUCAAGCGUGCUGGACUCGAGAUGGCGCAUUACUACUGAGAUGUUGAGAGCGACUACAUAGAUUUCGAGUCCUCGUUUCGAUUGAGAUCUUUCGAGAAAGCGAGAUGGAA